CUAUUACUACUAAGAACUACAGAGUAUAUGUAGAGUUUAUAAUACUGUCAAGAUAUCCUCGAAUACGGACUCAUCCAUACACUACCUACUUACCUCACUUAUCUACAAUGUCCAUCCCCUACGAUCCCACGCUGGCCCCCUCGACAGCCCCCGCAAUCACCUCGUUCCUCGCCUCCUUCUACGCAACAAGCGACAAUGAAGCCCUGCAUGAGAAAUACGCCGACUCCUUCACGCAGGAUGCAACCUUGAUCAUGGCUUCCAAGGUGGCUACGGGCAGUGAAGAAAUCCUCUCUCUCCGCCACGGACUAUGGACGCAUGUCUUCUCGCGCAGUCAUAGCGUCUCGAGACUCUACUUCGGGGCGCAGGAUAGCGUCAUGUUAUACGGCAAGGUGGUGUAUACGCUUAAAUCGGACAAGGAGAGGGAGAUUGAGGUUCCGUGGGCGGCGAGGGCGGAUUUUGUGCUGGAGCCGGUGGUUCGAAUGAGGUUUUAUCAGGUUUACUUGGGCCCAUCGGCGCAAUCUGGAAAAUAAUACUUCGUACUGCAGUUUAGCUUACUCAUGCAUGAAAUUGAAGAUGC